AUGGUGGUUGUCGGUGGUAAUGAGUGCGAUAACACCAUAAAUGGGAAGAACCAAUUCGUGUUUCUUGUUUUUGUACAUUUAUUACUUAUUGGACUGAAUGGAACUAAUGCACAAAGUCGAGCGCCGCGAAUCAAAGAGCACCCGUCAAACACAGUUUCUGGUCGCAGUGAGCCUGCAACAUUGAGAUGUGUUGUUGAAGGUAGACCUAAACCAUUCGUGCAAUGGUAUAAAGAUGGAUCACCACUGCCUCCAGCAGAGGACGGGCACAGAGUGGUUUUAGAAGAUGGCUUGCUAUUUUUAAGGGUAAAUCGAGGGAAGAAAGAAAGUGAUGAGGGGAUUUAUUAUUGCGUGGCACGAAAUGGAGUCGGGGAGGCUGUAAGUCGGAACGCUUCAUUAAACGUUGCCGUGCUACGCGACGAGUUUAGAGUUGAGCCUCGGGAUGUUCAGGUGGCAGCUGGAGAACCCGCUUUGUUAGAAUGUAUGCCACCUCGAGGAGUACCGGAUCCAUCAGUACAUUGGUUAAAAGAUGGAAAUGUUUAUGAUAUAGAAGUAAACGGAAGGGUUACAAUAACUGAAACUGGAAGUUUGAAAAUUCUUGAGACGUUACCAAAUGAUAGUGGGUUAUUUAGAUGCGUUGCCUCAAAUAUUGCUGGUGAGAGACAGUCGAGAGCUGCAGCGUUAAUUGUUUUAAGAAGACCGCACUUUGUAAAAAAACCUAGUAAUAUUACUGCUUUAGUCGGUCAAAACGUAGAAUUUAACUGUCAGAGCUAUGACGUUAGCGUAAAAAUAACAUGGGUGAAGGAAGAUGGUGUGUUGCCUUCUCAUGCAACAAUAAUCCGUGGACUAUUACGGUUGGAACAGGUGUCCGCAUCCGACGCGGGUAUCUAUUCCUGCCGCGCUGAUAGCCACGCCGGCACAAGCAUCGCCAGUGCAUCUUUAACUGUAUACUCUUUACCACACUUCACGCAGAUACCGUCCAAUUUGACCGCAUGGGAGGGUGAUGUCGUAUCAAUUCCGUGUGAAGCAAAAGGUUUACCGACACCUACUACUUUUUGGAUCUUAGAAAGUACUGAAGAUUCACUUUUAUUUCCUGAAUGCACUAAAAGUAACUCAAGCUUAUUGUACCUGGACGGUGCAAAAGUAGAACACGGCGGGCGGGUUAUUUGUGUAGCAGUAAAUGCGGCUGGAAGUGUUAUGCAAGAGGCUUAUCUAAAUGUGUUAAGGAAAACCAAUAAUCCAAUGAAAUUGAAAGAGCAUUCGACAGACGAAAACUUUGACGAUAAUUACGAACAGGAGGUUCGAAUGACAGAGUAUGAGUUUGUUCAGGCGAGGAAGUAUUUGCAGCAAAAUGUUUUAGUUCUAAGGAGAGUGGAAACUUUGUCAUCAACUUCGCUUAAAGUUGUAUGGGACGUGUUAACAGAUUAUAACGAAUAUUUAGAAGGAGUCAAAAUCUGGUAUAAUGGUACAUCUUUAAAUUGGCGCAAUAGUAGCGAGGAAAUAACAAUUUUAAAUUCGUCACAAGUGGAAUCUUGUUCUAACGGAUCCCUCACUAAUGUUGAUAACAGCGGGUCAUCGAGCUAUGUUUUAUCUGGGUUAUUGGCAUACACGCAAUAUGAUAUUUUUCUCAUGCCGUACUAUAAAAUGUUGCUUGGAAAACCAUCUAAUUCUAUGGUUGGAUAUACAGACGAAGACGUGCCACAAGCUCCACCCCAAAGUGUGACAGCGGGUGUAAUUAACGCAACUUCUGCCUGGAUACGAUGGGAACCACCACCUGCAAACACUUGGAAUGGGGAGCUUACAGGCUAUUUGAUUGAAAUAAGGGUGGGUAGUGGUAGCAACGGGCGGGUAGUGGGGCAAAUGUCUCUCAAUGCGCGGACCCGCGCGGCGGCGGCUAGCUCGCUUCGAACAGGCGGACGAUAUAGCGCGCGCGCGGCUGCUGUCACUAGACGGGGUCACGGCCCUUUCAGUGUGCCCGCGCAGAUACACAUGAUACCCACUCAAUCUCAGAGACAUUAUGUACAGACUGAACCACCCAACGAUGCAGCACUUCCACAUUUAUUACAAGAAACAUGGUUGUUAGCAUUGGCACUUACUCUAUUCUCAGUCAUAGUAAUUGGUAUAGUUAGCGUCUAUUAUAUUAAACGACGUAACAAAAUUCAGAGAAAGAAAUCUACUGGUCAAUCUAUUGUAACUGCUCAACAGUGUCUAUUGAAUAAAGACACAAUUUGGCUUAGAGAUCGUCCAGUAUUUGCGCCCCCUGAUUCUGCAUUAGAUGUUAGCAGUUGUCACCAAACUCUUUUGCAAGGCGGUCAAUCACCUAAUAUUUUAAACAUUGAACCGGAAUACUGCCUACCUCAGAACUCAAUUCAAGGUUUGGAUGCUUCAAGUGUAGACAGAAUAAAAAGGGGGCCACCAGAGCCCUAUGCAUCCAGUGCUAUUUACACGGAACUCAAUUUCAAGGACAAUAAUGACAUCGGAGAUGCCCGAAGUUGUCCCGAAAGACGAUCUCAUAACAAUAGUAUUGUUAGAUCCUGCAACGGCAGCAUUCAAUAUUCCAAUGGGGAAUGUUCGACUUGUUGCCAUAGCACUUCUAGUAGAUCAACGAAGGAUUACAGGGAAAUGCGACACGAGAACAUUCACAAUGAUGUAAAUAUUGCCGAAGAUGAUUGUGCUUCAUGUCACACGAGUAGAUCGGAGUCGAGAAAUAGACAGGACAAAAGUAAAGUAUGUCCGACUAGUGAUUUAGAAUAUGAUUAUCCUCAGUGGCAUUGGCUGGGAAGAGAAAAUAGCUUCAAAAUUCCCAUUCAAACUGGCAGGCAUUCGAAUGCAGCGCGAUCCGAGCAAGGAUGUCAAAUAAAUCUGAAUGAUAUACUGACUCCGCCGCCGUAUGAGAGCCCCGAAAAUAAGAGCCAGAUUAAA